AGCCUCCUCCGUUCUUUUCGGACGCACUCCACCCCCGCGAGUCCGGUGAAAGCUGUGGCGUGGAGAGCCUGCUUCGUGGCCUCCCAGGCUUCGCCCUGGCCUCUGUCUGGGCUGGAUGGAGGCCGGACCGCGGUUCCUGGCGCCUGUGCAGAGAGGGGCAGCCUCCUGCGCGGACGACCCUGGAAACAGGGUAGACGGGCGGGUGACCGGUGACCCCGUACCCACGAGUUUGGGUCCCCUGAGGCAUCUCUCCAGGCCUCUGCCUGGCGAGAUGGAAAGAAAGUAUCAAGGAGUGAGCUGAAGCCACUGGCCUUGAGAACCCUGUCUAGGAGUCUGGCCUCAUGAAGAUGCCAGAAUAAAUGACAGUAAGAAGAAAAAGAGCAAAGAUAAGAGAAAAAGAGAAGAAGACGAAGAAACCCAGCUUGAUAUUGUUGAUGGGGCGGCCAGGCAGAGACGCUCCUCACUUCUUCCCAGACUGGGUGGCCAGGCAGAGGCGCCCCUCACUUCUAACCAGGCGGGGCAGCCGGGCAGAGGUGCUCCUCAUUUCCCAGACAGGGCGGCCGGGCAGAGGCGCACCUCGCUUCCCAGAUGAUGGGUGGCUGGGCAGAGGCGCUCCUCACUUCCCAGAUGGGGCGGCCAGGCAGAGACGCUCCUCACCUCUUCCCAGACUGGGUGGCCAGGCAGAGGCACCCCUCACUUCUAACCAGGCAGGGCGGCCAGGCAGAGGCGCUCCUCACUUCUUCCCACAUGGGGCGUCUGGGCAGAGGCGCUCCUCACUUACCAGAUGGGGCGGCCGGGCAGAGGCGCUCCUCACAUCCCAGACAAUGGGCGGCCGGGCAGAGGCGCUCCUCACUUCUUCCCACAUGGGGUGGCCGGGCAGAGGCGCUCCUCACAUCCCAGACGAUGGGUGGCCGGGCAGAGGCACUUCUCACUUCCUAAACGGGGCGGCCGGGCAGAGGCGCUCCUCAGUUCCCAGACAGGGUGGCCGGGCAGAGGCGCUCCUCACUUCCCAGAUGAUGGGCGGCUGGGCAGAGGCGCUCCUCACUUCCCAGAUGGGGUGGCCGGGCAGAGGCACUCCUCACUUCUUCCCAGAUAGGGUGGCCGGGCAGAGGCCCUCCUCACUUCCCAGACAGGGCAGCCGGGCAGAGGCACUCCUCACAUCCCAGAUGAUGGGCAGCCGGGAAGAGGCACUCCUUACAUCCCAGACUAUGGGUGGCCAGGCAGAGACGCUCCCCACCUCCCAGAUGGGGUGGCAGCACGAGAGAGGCUGCAAUCCCAGCACCCUGGGAGGCCAAGUCAGGCGGCUGGGAGGCGGAGGCUGCAGCCAGCCAAGACCACGCCACCGCACUCCAGCCUGGGCAACACCGAGCACCGAGUGAGUGAGCCUCCAUCUGCAGUCCCAGCACCUCGGGAGGCUGAGGCGGGCAGACCGCUGGAGGUCAGGAGCUGGAGACCAGCCUGGCCAACAUGGCGAAACCGCGCCUCCAGUCAAAGGACAAAAACCAGGCAGGGGUGGUGGCGCGUACCUGCAAUCCCAGGCAGCCCGCAGGGCAAGGCAGGAGAAUGAUGGGUGCCGGAGGCAGGGAGUCUGCAGUGCGCGGACUAUACUCCAGCCUGGGCAACAGAGGGAAGAAAGAGGAAACAAAGAAAGAAAGGAAGAAAGAAAGAAGGAAGGAAGGAAGGAGAAAGAAAAGAAAGAAAAAAAGAAAGAAAGGAGAGAGAGAGAAAGAAAAGUCGGUUGUCUCUUAAAGGAAGUACUUCACAGGAAAAAUCAUUAUUUUGUGAACUCUGAAAUGAAUGAAAAUCUUAAAUACAACAUCAGGGUAGCCUGUAAAUGAUACUAGAAAUAAACUGACCUAAACACACUUAACCAGCCUAUUUUCCGUUUUGUUCUUUCCAUACAUUUUUUUUUCUCUUUUAAAACUUGGAAAGUUGCAUUUUGAAUCUUCAUAAAUUAUGGUAACUUAAAAAAUAUAUAAAAUAUGGAAUGAUAUAAAGCUAAUGUUCUGGAAGAAUCAUUGCUUUCAAAAUGGCAAAUCGACAAUUCUAAAGUUAGGGUAGAUAUCUAGGGUAGAUACGUAGAUGUGGAAUUGCUGUGUCAAGGGAUAGGUGAAUGUUUAACCAUAUAAGAAACUGCCAAAAAUUUUCUAAAGUGGUUGUACCAUUUUACCCUCCCACCAAGAAUGAAUUAGUGCUCCAGUUACAUCCUUGCCAAGAGUUGAUGGUGUUUUCAGUCGUUUCUCCCAGUCUGAGUUUUACCUUUUCAGUUUCUUAAUGGUGGUUUUUGGAUGAGCAGCUUUUUUUUUUUUUUUUUUUUUUUUGAGGCAGAGUCUUACUCUGCCUCCCAGGCUGGAGUGCAGUGGCGCGAUCUCGGUUCAUUGUAAGCUCCACCUCACAGGUUCAUGCCAUUCUCCUGCCUCAGCCUCCCGAGUAGCUGGGAGUGCAGGUGCCCGCCACCACGCCUGGCUAAUUUUUUGUGUUUUUAGUAGCAACGGGGUUUCACCAUGUUAGCCAGGAUGGUCAGAAGCUUUUAAUUUUUAUAAAGCUUAGUUUAUUUUUUUUUCUUUUAUGGUUACUGCCUUAUCUCUUUGAUCUAAGAGAUCCUUGCUUACCCCAAAGUCAGGAAAAUAUUCUACAUUGUCUUUUAGAGGCAUCAUAGUUUUAGUUUUUGCAUUAAAUCUGUCAUUCAUCUCAAAUUUUGGCAUGACGUUGUGAGUUCGGUUUCAAGAUUUACUUUUUUUUUUGACAUCUUGAUAGUUGUGCCAGCACCACUGGUGUUUCCUUUUUCCAUUAAUCCACUUUGGUACCUUCAUAACAAAUCAAUUAACUUCCUAUGUAUGGGUCUAUUUCUGGACUCUGUUCUAUCGAUACGUUUGUCUGAUUUUCUAUUGGUAUAUUUCUCUUGAUUGCUGUAAUUUCAUGAAGUCUUGAGAUCAGGUAGUGUGAGUCCUCCAACUUUGUACUUAUUAACUAUUAAUUUAUUAAUUUCUGCAGUGAAGCUUGUUGGAUUUUCUCAAGAACUGUAUUGAGUCCAGAUCAUUUGGGAGAGAAUCAACAUCUUAAUAUCGGGCCUCAAUAUUUCAUAAUUUUCAAUGUAGCAGUCUUUCAUGCCUGUUUAAACAUUUAUUCUUAAGUAUUUUAUAAUUUUACACUACUGUCAAUAGAACCUUUGAAUUUGAUUUUCCAGUUGUUUGCUGUCAGUACGUAGAUAUGCAAUUGACUUUUGUGUAGUGACUUUGUAGUCGAUAAGUCUGUUUCACUUAUUACUUCUAGUGGUUUGCUUAUAUAGAAAACUAAGAAAUUUGCAAUUGUGUUUCCUGUUACUAUCAUUUUACUUCUUUCUUUCUAAUCCUUGUGUCUUGUCUUUCUUUUUAUUGGUUUAUUAUACU